ACACUUAGAACACAUUUCGAAUUAAACUAUAUUUUUCCUGCUCUCAUAUCUCUUUAUUAGACAACAUAAAUAUAAGUAUUUGAAGAAGAAAAAGAAGAGAGGUCAUGCCUUGUUCUGUGAAGAUUAGACUCGCCAUGGUGUUAUGUAUCAUUCUUUUGCUUUUGUCAUCCAACGUUGGAUAUGCCAGUGCUCGUCGACUAGGGCUUCACAAGCAUCACCUCAAGGUUGCUUCUCUCGUACAUGGUGGAGGAAGGAGGAGAGAGCUUAGUGGAAUUAAGACAGGGGAAGUAGUGGUCAUGGACUAUCCUCAGCCUCAUCGUAAGCCUCCCAUCCACAACGAGAGGGCGUAACUACCCGAUCCAUAACUCUAUUUAUAUAUACUGUUUUAUUCAUAUAUAUGCAUUCACCAUGUUACUGGUUGUAAUGGCUCUUGUCCUAUAUAUAAUAAUAUAUACGUGACCAACUUUUCUGUUCUCGAUUCAUUCUUAGAACAAACAAGCUGCACUAUUUUCAUCAAAUUGCAGCGUUACAUAUGGAUUUGGCACUUAAAGCUCUUCACAUGAAGUUUAGCUCCAAGUAGCUUAAGUAGUAACUAGUAAGUAACAGGUCAGAGCCGGUCA